AUGUCUCCUACAGCACUUUUUCCAUAUGCAUUUUUACUUUGGAUUGGACUCCAAUGUGUCCAGACAAAAAUCUUCACAAACCGCUGGGCGGUUAAAAUAACUGGAGGUUCUGAUGCUGCUGAUCUUAUUGCAGAAAAAUACGGAUUUGUGAACAUGGGCCAGAUAGGUGGGCUAGUAGACCAUUACCAGUUCCAGCACAGCAGCAUUAUCAAACGGUCCACAAUUAAAAGCAGAGGAAACCACAGUCUCAUCGCCACGGAGACCAAGGUGAAGUGGAUCCAGCAACAGAUGGUUCAGAAGAGAGUAAAAAGAACUGACACAAUGGACCAAACCCAUGCUGCCAGCUUCAAUGACCCUGAAUGGGACAACAUGUGGUAUAUUCACUGUGAUCACAACUGCUUGACCGACAUGAACAUUCAGGCCGCCUGGCGUAGGGGCUACACUGGGAAAGGGGUUGUUGUUUCCAUUCUGGAUGAUGGUAUAGAAAGACAGCAUCCAGAUCUAAAACAGAACUAUGAUGCAAGAGCCAGCUAUGAUGUCAACAGCAACGAUCCCGAUCCAACACCACAUUAUGAUGCAACCAAUGAAAAUAAACAUGGGACAAGAUGUGCUGGUGUGGUAGCUGCCUCUGCGAACAAUUCCCUCUGCAUUGUCGGAAUUGCCUACAAUGCAAAAAUUGGUGGUGUGCGUAUGCUGGAUGGGGAUAUGACUGAUAUGGUGGAAGCCCAAUCUCUGAGUCUGAAACAGCAGUAUAUUGACAUCUACAGCUCCAGUUGGGGUCCAGAUGAUGAUGGCAGAACAGUAGAUGGCCCCGGCCCUCUUGCCCGGCUCGUUCUGGAGAAGGGCAUUCGCAAAGGCAGAAAGGGCCGUGGCUCCAUCUUUGUGUGGGCAUCAGGAAAUGGUGGGCAGAGUCAAGACCACUGCUCAUGUGAUGGUUACACCAACAGCAUUUACACCAUCUCAGUGGGCAGCACCACUCAGAGUGGCCGAAAGCCGUGGUACCUGGAGGAGUGCUCCUCUACUUUGGCCACCACUUACAGCAGUGGAGACAGUCACAGUUUAGGCGUUGUGACAACUGAUUUGAGGCAGCGUUGCACUGAUGAGCACUCUGGCACUUCAGCAUCAGCCCCUAUGGCUGCAGGAAUCAUCGCUCUCACGUUGGAGGCAAAUCCAGCUCUAACCUGGAGGGACGUUCAGCACAUUGUGGUGAAAACUUCACGUCGUGGUCACCUGAGUGCUUCAGACUGGCAGAGCAACGGAGCUGGAUAUGAUGUUAGUCACCUUUAUGGGUUUGGCUUGAUGGAUGCUGAAGCCAUGGUGAAGGAAGCAGAGAUCUGGAAGCAGGUGCCUCCUCAACACAUGUGUGAGGAAAACGUAGUCCAGACUGCCAGGAUCAUCAGUCCAGAGAGGGUGUUGAGGUCAGUGUUUAAGUCCUCAGGCUGCUCUUCUCAGCGUCUGCAGCGGGUGGUCUAUCUGGAGCAUGUGAUUGUACGUGUCACAAUCACACAUCCUCACCGUGGAGACCUGUCAGUCACACUGACAUCACCCUCUGGAACCAGAUCUCAGCUUCUCACAAACAGACCGAAUGACCACUCCAACGAGGGCUUCCUUAAGUGGGAAUUCAUGACGACUCACUGCUGGGGUGAAAGACCAGCAGGAGACUGGAUCCUGGACAUCAGAGACACACCAUCUCCACGGAGAAACGGCCGACUACAAGGGAAACUGGUUGAAUGGUCCCUGGUGCUUUAUGGAACACUCACACAUCCAUACAUUCGACAUGAGCAGCCCCGCUCUGCCCAGCUGCUGUCUGAAGAUGACAUCCCAGAGGAGUACAAUGGCUCUUGUGACUCAGAGUGUAGUGAGGAUGGCUGUGAAGGAUCUGAACCCCAUCAAUGUCUUUCCUGCUUGCACUUUUUCCUAAAGUUCAAAAAUAACACAAGGACCUGUGUGUCUGAUUGUCCGAGCGGGUACUGGGGAGAUAAGAAGAGGUGUAAAAAGUGUUACUCCUCCUGCAAGUCAUGUUUGGGCAGCCGCAGUGAUCAGUGCACAGCCUGUAAAUCUGGAUAUCAUCUGAAUGAGGAAAAGAACAACUGUGUGACCAGCUGUGAGGAUGGUUCCUAUCUUUACUAUGAGGAAAACGUGUGUAGGAAGUGUAAUAUUGAGAACUGUAUGAAAUGCACCUCAGCCUCCAUUUGCACGGAGUGCUCUGAUGGCACAAGUCUGGUGGGGAACAGAUGUCAGAAGAGUUGUGAGGUGGGCCGUUACUACAGUGAGCCGGAGGACUCGUGUGAGCCCUGCCACCCAGCCUGUGCUACAUGUGCUGGGGAAUAUCAGGAUGAGAGUGGAGAGUGUCAGUCAUGCGAUGUGUCCUGUCAUAAAUGUAAAGGUUCAACAAGUGUGGACUGUCUCAGCUGCUCCAACACACAUUGGCUUGAUGAGGGUCGAUGUGUGGUCAGCUGCUCAGAUGGGAAGUACCCAUCCAGUGGACAGUGUCACCUCUGUGACCACACUUGUGCUCAGUGUGUUGAUGCUGGUCCUGCUAACUGUACCAGCUGUGAUACUGAUAAGUUUGGGGUGGACCGGUACCUGUUCCAUGGCGAUUGUGUGGAAGUGUGUCCUCAGGCUCAUUUCCACACAGCACUGAAGGCAUGUGAGUCGUGCCCUUCUCACUGCAAACUCUGUUCUUCAGCCACACAUUGCAUCAGGUGUGAGGACUCCUUCUACCUCAACGACGGAAUCUGUAAUAAACUGGAGUGUGGCGAAGGGGAGGUGGAAGACCCAGAAUAUGAUGACUGCAUGUCAUGUGAAGAGGGCUGUAAUACGUGUGUUCUCUAUAAUCCCAAACACUGUCUGUCCUGCAUUGGUGGAUAUUACAAGUUUGAAGAGGGCUGCUAUAAGCCCUGUCCUGCUAAGACAUACACAGUGGAGGAGACCAUGAGCUGUGUAUCCUGUGAGCAUGACUGUGUCAGCUGUGAUGAAGAUGAGUGCUACUGGUGUGAAGCUGACCUCUUCCUGGCAGAUGGGAAGUGUGUGCGAGAAUGCCCUGAUGGUUUCUAUGGUGAUGAAGAUUCUCAGGAGUGUGAGGAAUGUCACUCAGAAUGCAGGACAUGCAGUGGGCCAGAGGACAGUGACUGUGACAGCUGCGGUGAUGGAUUUACACUUGAUAAUGGAGCAUGUGUGCCUGAACAGGAUGUCUGCCCUGCCCAGACAUUCCUCAGUGAUGAUGGGGAAUGUGAGGCCUGCCACUCUUCAUGUGAAUCCUGCUGGGGGAGAAUGAAGACUCAAUGCAAUGCCUGUGUCAAAGGUCGAUAUCUGAAUGUAGAUCAGAUGUGUGUGGUACGAUGCCCGACGGGCAGCUUUGGCAGUAAGGAAAGCGGGCACUGUGAGACUUGCCCUCAAGGUUGUGCCCAGUGCCAGGAUGAGCAGCUCUGCACACGCUGCCAGUCAGCACGUAAAAACACUCUUUAUUUGCAGGUUGGCCAGUGUGUGCUUAAGUGCACAAGAGGGUAUCCUGUGGGUCAGGUGUGUAAGAGCUGUGCAUCUGGUUGUAUGUCCUGUGAGAAGAAUGCAACACACUGUCUGAGCUGUGAGGAGACGCUACUUCUCCACAAACAUGAGUGUGUGGUACAAUGUCCGUCUGGACACACAGUGAGGAAUGGGGAGUGUGUGCAGUGUCCAGAGAGCUGUGUUAUCUGCUCUGAGGAUGGAAUCUGUACAGAGUGUAAGGAAGACUUUUUCCGGCAUGCGGGUCAGUGUAUAGUGGUGUGUUCUGAUGGGUUUUUUGAGGACACUGAUCAAGGCAUUUGUGAGCGAUGCCACGCUGACUGUGAAUUAUGUGAUGGGCCCAAACCAAACAACUGUGAAGCCUGUUCCGACCCUGACCACACACUGUACAACGGAUCGUGUGUAGCCCCCUGCCCCGCACAUACUUACAGGGAAAGCAGGUCUGGAGAGUGCAUGGCCUGUGACGGCUCCUGUCUAACCUGUUCUGGUCCUCACGACACAUCCUGCACCAGCUGCUCUGAGGCCCUGGCGAUAGAUGCUCACAGGCGCUGUGCCACACCCACCACAUGUCCCUCACACCACUACAGCAACCAAGAUGGAGAAUGUCACUUGUGUCACAAGUAUUGUCACGAGUGCUCUGGCUCACAUCAGGACCAGUGCCUCAGCUGCAACCAGAACCACUAUCUACUCAAUGGCAUCUGUGUGAAUCAGUGUCCAGAUGAAUUCUUCAAGGGGGAAACACAGCGCUGUGAACCCUGUCAUCCUAACUGCCUCACCUGCAUGGGGCGGCACAGCCACGAGUGCCUGAGCUGCAGAGCUCACCUCUACAGAGACGCCAAGGAAUGUGUGGACACAUGCCGCUCUGGUCACUACGCUUCAGCAGUCUCUAGGACGUGUGAGCGGUGUGAUGAGAGCUGUGGGGAGUGUCUUCAGGCUGGUGCCGAGGGCUGUGUGAGCUGCAGAGAGGGGAUGCUGUUUAUCAGGAAACAGGGUCGCUGUGUGUCUUCCUGUCCUGAUGUGUACUACCAUGAUACACACCACAAAACAUGUGAAGCCUGCCACCCCAGCUGCAGAACAUGCACAGGCAAGAGUAUUGAGGAUUGUGACUCAUGUCGAACAGGUUAUACACUCACACAGGGUGCUUGUGAGUCGCCCUGCAUCACAGGAGAGUACGCUGAGCCUGAGGAACAGGGCUAUAACUGUGUGUCAUGUGAUGAGUCCUGUUUAGAAUGCAAAGGUCCUGGGCCUCAUAACUGCACCAUCUGCCCAGCACAGUUCAUUCUGACCACAGAGGGGCACUGUCUGCCCUGCUGCACCAACACAGAACAGGAAGUUCAGCGGGAGUGCUGUAACUGUACCGAGACCAGAGGCGAGUGUGUCCUUAGCACUAACUUUGCCUUCCGUAACCAUGAGGAAGAGGAAUACACAGGAAACCUGCCGCUCUUCAUCACUACCGCCAUCCUGCUUGUUUUCGCCAUAAUUGCUGUAAUCAUCCUCAUUAAGCGUUCUCUUUCCAAACGACCCAUACCUGAGCCUGCUGUCCCAGCCGGGUAUGAAAAACUGGGCCAUGGUGGCGGCAGAGACAGCUUCUACAGAGGCACAUCAUCCACCUCCACCUACGGUGGUCAAGCAAGCUCUAGUUCUGGACGGUUCCAUGAGUCACAGCUGGUGGACCUCAGUGAUCAGAAGGGGAGACGGGAUGAUGACGAUGAAGAGGAUGAAGAUGAAGAUAUUGUGUACAUGGGACAGGACGGGACUGUGUAUCGCAAAUUCAGAUACGGGCAGCUGGGAGACGAGCAGGAGGAUGAGUUAGAAUAUGACGAUGAGAGCUACAACUACCGAUAACAUCUUCAGCUGUUUAAAUGAAAAUGUAUUCUGCAGGGUUACUGAAGU